AUGGCAGUGCCUGAGCCGAACACUGAUCCUCCUCACUGGUUCUGGAGGGGUGUACAAUCAGCUAUCUUCUACUACGUCUCGUGCGCGCCCUGCCUAGACGCCAGACAGAAGCACCAGCGGCGACAAGAAGCAAAGCUAGCCAAGAAGGAGGUCGUUACGCAGCAGCCUGGACGUAUACUGCAACCGCGCGCAUUCGAGACCAAUACGCAAUGGCAGGAGGACAUAUUGUUAGGGCCUGGCCCUCCGAAGGGCUGGGAACCACAUAAAUUUUUGAGAGACGCGCGGAAGAAGUUGAAGGGCUCUAGCGAAGGCGACAAGGCGAAAAAGGAAAAGGAUGUAGAAAAGGCUGAGCACGACCAGCCAGGGAGACCAUCAUACGAGAGACGUAUCUCGAGUGCUAUAGACAACGUUAAAGACACACUUCGAAGUUCACUACACCCGGAGAAAUGGAACUGGAAACGAUAUCAGCGCGAAGACGAGUGGCUGGGAGGCUUUCAAACGACCAUGAAAGGCAUGUGGGACAAGAUGGCUGCCAGUAUAAGUCCUGGAGACGAUCCGAAUUCGCUUAUUGAUCUGAAGCGAGAACGAACGACGGGGAGUGAAAGGGUUGACUACAGCCGUGGCCAUAUACCAGCAGUCAACGAUCUCCACCCGCCGGUUGUCUCGCGACUACCGGUUACUCGAGAAGAAGUCGCGUGGAUGAUACUGCCACCACCGUCAGCAGCAGUCAUGGCAGGCCAGAAGCCGCCGGCCGAAGAGAUCGGACCCAGGAGACCCUUAUGUGUUAUCGGCCGCCGUCGACCGGACUAUGCAUCUGACCAUUCGGCUCCGAGACAUGAUGAUAGGCCCAACGAUGCUGACAGCAGCGACAUUGAGGUGUGGGAUGCUGAUUCGUCGUCAGAGUCUGCGCCGUCUACACCGCCAUCAGCGCGCAUCGAGAUCAAGAAGAGAGAUAUGUUCGAAGCGCUGAGCGACACGGACAUGUUCAAAAUUCCUUCACGGCCACCUGUACAGCCACGGCCCCGCAGCUGGCAAUUUCACUAUGUGAUACCUUCGCCUACCGAGACAUUUCCGAUUCAUUGA